AUGACCAGGGACUUAUACGAAGUGCUCGGGAUUGCCUCGAGUGCGAGUGAGCAGGAGGUCAAAAGGGCAUACCGGCAGCUUGCACUACGGUACCAUCCCGACAAGAUCAGCGACGAGAGUGAACGCGAGGCGUCGGAGGCUAAGUUCAAGGAGAUCUCGGCGGCCUAUGCAGUGCUGUCGGACGAACAGAAGCGCGCAGAGUACGACCAGUUCGGGACUGUGGAUGGUGGGUAUGGGCAUGAUGAGUUUGGGCACGGGGACGACGACUUCAUGAACUUCUUCCGGUACGGGGCGGGGCGGCACGGCUACCAGCAUGAGGAGGAUGACUUUGAGGAGGUGGGGCGCACCGCGGACUCCACAGUGCCUCUCAAGCUAACGACCAAGCAGUUGUACCUGGGCAAGACGUUCCAGUUCAAGGCGCGGCGCAAGGUCCUGUGUCCGCGCUGCGGUGGGUCUGGGUUGCGCAAGCGGGCAGCAGCGCGGCCGAUGAUACGCUGCGAGGGAUGCGAGGGCCAGGGCUACAAGGAACGUAUUUCCCGGAUUGGGCCGGGGCUGAUCAGUCGCGAGCGCGUCAGCUGUGCGGACUGUGGGGGCAAGGGCAAGCGCAUUCCUACGACCGCGGCAGACAACUGUAAGAAGUGCACAGGCAAGUGUGUGGUACAGGAGGAGUCGAUCAUCUCGGUAUACGUGCCCAGAGGCUCGCAGCAUGGCGAUCGGCUCCGGUACCCAGGCCAGUCGGACAUGGAACCGGGCAAGGAGACCGGCGAUUUGGUGUUUGUGAUCGAUGAACAGACAGACGUGUCUUCGUCGCUCGAGCGCAAGGGCACCGACCUGUACUGCACAAUGAAGAUCUCGCUUGCGGAGGCACUGACCGGGUUUACAAGGAUUGUCACCCGCACGUUCGACGAGAGGGUCUUGCGCAUCAACAUUCCCCGUGGGAAAGUGCUGCGGCCAGGCAACUACCUGAAGUUCACCAAUGAGGGGUGGCCGAUCGAGGACGGCGCUCGUUUCGGUGACAUGUACGUGCAAGUUCUGAUAGAAUUCCCCAAGGAUAACUGGUUCAAUGAGAAGGCCGAGUUGGACGCCAUUCGCAAUAUCCUGCCCGGUCUUGCCGACGCACCAAGCACGAAGACAGAGGACCCCAGCAACACGGAGGAAGUACGCGCAUACAGCAUAAUAGCUAACCACACUGGUUUGCCAGACUACCUAGACCGCGAGAACCAGGGCUACUCCCGUCAACAGCACGAGUCCACUGCCGGCACCCCUGAGUGUCCGAUGCAGUGA